CUGGUCUACAUAGCUAGACCUUCUCCAGCAGUCAUGGCAGAGGGGAGUAAGAACGAUAAGGUAAAUGGAGAGGUUCCCAGUUACUUUUCCAAACUAGGUUCAGGAAGUCCAAAACCCAGGCAGAAAUAUGGAGGCAUGUUCUGUAAUGUGGAAGGGGCAUUUGAAAAUAAAAGCAUAGACUUCAAUUCUCUGAGUCCCAGGAAGAAAAGUGUCUGCGAGAAGGUGGAGGUGAGCAGCUCCUGUCCAGAAUCCGCUGGUCAAGAAGAGUCUAGGAGUGAGAAGGGCAGUGGAGAACUCAUGGAGGAACUUGGAGAUGGCAAAAUGGACCUUAUGACAACAGAAGACCCUGCACAAGAAGUGCUGACACCUCCAAAUAUACAGAGUGACCGGCUGCUGAUAAAAGGAGGGAAGAUAGUGAACGAUGAUCAGUCAUUUGCUGCAGAUAUUUAUAUUGAAGAUGGAUUAAUAAAACAAAUUGGAGAGAAUCUGAUUGUCCCCGGUGGGGUAAAAACUAUUGAUGCCCACGGUUUGCUGGUUAUACCUGGAGGAAUAGAUGUUCAUACAAGACUACAGAUGCCCACAAUGGGCAUGACCAGUGCUGAUGACUUCUUUCAAGGGACCAAAGCUGCACUUGCUGGAGGAACCACAACGAUAAUUGAUCACGUCUUCCCUGAUCCUGGAAUGAGUCUGGUUGCAGCUUAUGACCAGUGGAGGGAAUGGGCUGACGGGAAGGUUUGCUGUGAUUAUUCACUGCAUGUUGACAUCACCCAUUGGCAUGAAAGUCUUAAAGAAGAACUAGAAGCACUGGUGAAGGAUAAAGGUGUGAAUUCCUUUCUGGUAUAUAUGGCGUACAAAGACAAACAUCAAUGCACAGAUGCUGAGAUGUAUGAAAUAUUAAGCAUUAUCCGUGAGCUGGGCGCUAUUGCGCAAGUGCAUGCAGAGAAUGGUGACAUCAUCCAAGAGGAACAAAAGCGUCUGUUAGAGCUCGGGAUCACUGGACCAGAAGGCCAUGUUCUAAGCCACCCAGAGGAGGUAGAAUCGGAGGCAACUUACCGUGCAAUAACGAUUGCAAAGCAAGCCAACUGCCCCUUGUAUAUCACCAAAGUCAUGAGCAAAGGAGCUGCAGAUGUAAUUGCCCAAGCGAAGAGAAAAGGUGCUGUUGUAUAUGGGGAGGUGAUUACAGCUGGUCUUGGCACCGAUGGAACUCACUACUGGAGUAAGAAUUGGGCAAAGGCUGCAGCAUUUGUUACAUCCCCUCCUAUUAGUACCGAACCCACAACUCCAGAUUACCUCAAUACAUUAUUAUCCUGUGGUGACCUGCAGGUUAGUGGGAGCUCCCACUGCACGUUCACCACAGCCCAGAAAGCUGUUGGGAAGGACAACUUCACUUUGAUACCAGAAGGAACAAAUGGAAUUGAAGAAAGAAUGUCGAUUAUUUGGGAAAAGUGUGUGACUUCUGGUAAGAUGGAUGAAAAUGAAUUUGUGUCCGUGACAAGUACAAAUGCAGCAAAGAUAUUUAACUUAUAUCCCAGAAAAGGUAGAAUCGCAACAGGUUCUGAUGCAGAUUUGGUUAUCUGGAAUCCAAAAACAGUGAAAAUAAUUUCUGCAAAGACUCAUAAUCUGUCUGUAGAGUUCAACAUCUUCGAAGGGAUGGAAUGUCACGGUGAACCAGAAGUUGUUAUCAGCCAGGGACGAAUUGUACUAGAAGGUGGAAAUCUCCAUGUCAGUCAAGGUUCUGGACGCUUCAUUCCUCGCAAAACGUUCCCUGAUUAUGUAUAUAAAAGGAUUAAAGCCAGAAAUAGGUUGGCUGAGGUGCGUGGUGUUCCAAGGGGUCUGUAUGACGGGCCAGUCUAUGACAUUCCAGUGACUGCUAAAUCUUCAGCACCAACACCUACCUCAAGGAUAGCUCCUUGUCUUGGGAAAAUACCAAUGGCACCAGUUCGGAACUUGCAUCGAUCCGGGUUCAGUUUGUCUGGAUCCCAAACAGAUGACCAUAUUCCAAGACGCACUACUCAAAAAAUAGUAGCACCCCCUGGUGGUCGUUCUAAUAUUACAUCCCUUUCCUAAUAUGGUAGAAACAGCUAUGUGGAAAGAAACAAUUUGUCAAUGGAGAAGAUCUCACAAGAACUUGCAUGGUGAUUAAGUGAAAAAUAAGUCUUAAAGCAAUGCUCCCGAUUUACCCCAGGCUUGCUUGUGUAUGAAGGCUGAAAAAGGUUGGCUUAGCAAUAGAGAAGGAGAUAAAUACAGAUAUAUUAUAAUUGAUUUACAAAGGAAUUUAAUUCAUGUUGGUGGAUGUCUUCAAUGAUUUUUUUGUUGCCAAUCUCAAUGUGUCAUAAUGUGAUUUUUGCUUUUCUAACCUUGCUUUCUUGUAACCGUGUCAUAGAUUGUAUGUGUAAUCAAAAACACUUUUCAAUUCAAACUGCCAAAAUUUGUAUCAGAAUAAUGAUACAUGGCCAUGUUAUACUGGGGGUGUUAAAGCAGGAAAUUAAUAAGACAUUUUAUCACUGAGAUCUUAAUGUAAUGUAAAUUCAAUAAGCACUUCUAUAAACAUAACCAAGAACAAAAAAAUAAUGCUUACCAGAAGUAGAAUUUCUUAUAACAACUUUUAUAUUGCCUGUUAUGCAUGUCACAUGUUUGGGCAUUCAAAAAAUAAAAUGUCAGAGGAUACUAGAGAUGAUACUGAUCGUUAUCGCAGGGAUAGUGAAUCUUUUACAUCAGUUGUAGACAGCCAAAUAUUGACUAAAUCUGUAGAUGUCUAACACUUCAGUGUUGCCACAAGUCACAUUCCACAUAUGUUCAGGGGCUGUGUACUAUAUGUCGGGUGUAACAUCUUGUUGGGUUCCUGACAAAUUUUCCAGUUUCCAGCAUUGCUAGGGAGGGGUGUGACAGGGACUUGACCCCCGAGUGAUGUCUUUAAAAGUCUUGGGUCUAAUUUUGCCUUCAUUUCAUUGUUAGUCCUCUGAUGACAUCUCUGAUGAUGUAGUUUGGGACAAUUCCACUGUAAAGCACCGUAUUUGGAGUUACAUUUACAGCACUGUGUGGGGAUAUUGUUGUUGGGGCACAGUUUUAAUACAUUGGGGUCAAGCAUGCUCAGAAUUAUAAAUAUUCAAUCAAAGAUUUAGAUGAACACAUUAGGGUUUAGGGUUGGAGUUCGGCCUUGAUAUAUGGCUUGUUUUACUAGUACGUAAGUCAAUAUACGUGGAGUGGGCAAUAAAAUGUACAGUUAGGCUAGGGCCCCUGGUUUUCUAACACAAAACAAAACCCCAGGCACCCAAAAUGGAAACCAAGCUUAUUUGGGAGGUGGAAUGUUACUUCCAAUCUGCACAUCAUUUCCUGUCCCCAGAAGAAACCUCCAUGAUAACAAACCUGAAAGGAUGUCGAUUUUUUUAAGGCCACAGAUAACAAGGGAAUUAGGCUUAGUGCUGGACAACGUCACUCAUAAUGACCUUGCCCCUUACUUAUUUUAACAUUAUAAUAAAACAUUAAGAGAAAUGAUUAUUUCAGGUUGUUUGUCUAAAAACAUGUUCGGCAGGUUUUAACUCCUACACUACCAAACUCAGAAAAUGAGGGUAUUUUAACAGAUUCCAUACAAAGCCCAUAUAUAAACUAUGACAAAUUUGACUGAAUCAUUCACACAGCCAACUCUAUAAUAAUAAUGUAUUUAACCAUAUAUUACCGUAGGACUUUUAUUUAUUUAUUUAUAUAAGAUCAUUCAAACACUAAACACAAAAUUUCACUAGAGGUAAUUUAGCAAAUAAAAGAAAACCACAGUAGCAAAUGGGUAACUCAUACAUUCUGGGGACUGGGCUUUAUUGGUACUUCAGUAUUUUAUACAGCUGAUAAAAUGUUCACGUUCCUGACAAAAAUAUUUUUUUUAAUUUUUUUUUUAUACUCUAUAGAUAUAUAUGUUUGAAUUUAUUUAGCUAUUUUAUUGACUUGUUUGAAAUCCUUAUGUUUUAGAAAAGUUUAUGUAUUGCGUUGCAACUUUUUUGGCAUUCAGUUUGUAAAAAUGUAUUCAUGUUUAGUAAAUUUUUACGUACAUCCUGGAUAGCAUAAUUCACAUUACCUGGGAACUUUCUAUACGAUCUAGCACUUAGAUUGUUCAAAACAAUUGUUCCAUCAUGAAGAUUAUAUGUAAUCACUUCAUAUGUAAUGUAAUCACAUGGUGUUAGUGUCCGUCCACAGUGAAUGCCUACCACGUUAAUGGAGUCUUGAUGGAGUCUUCUAUACACAAGUAAGAAAAUAGACAGUGGGGGGUUCUCAUAUGUAGACUAUGAAGGUGUCCUCUCAAGGCUGUAGGACCCUGAGAAUCUGCCAAUUUAAUGUGAGAUUUGUUUAAAAACCCUGAGGCGGGCCAGAUAUGUUCAUUAAUAUGGUACUUCCUGUUUUGAUGCAGAAAAUGUGACAUUUUAGAAAGGGUCGUUGAUGCCUUAACUUGGCACUGCAGAGAUUUGUGGACUAUAUAUCCCAUGAUGCUCUGCCAUUCUUAAGGCAUCACUAAACUAAGUAACUGUUGAAUGGUGCAGAAAAUGGAAUGUGCAUCAUCGUUCAUUGUAAAUGAACAUUAUGUUUAUGAAAAUAUUGUCACAAAACUGAAAUCCUUUUUAAUGAAACCGUAGUUGUCAUGAACAAAAAAGAAACAAACAAGAAAACACAGUUUUGCUAUUCUAUUUGUCUGCUUUCUAAUUUAUCACAAGUGGAAUGUUUAAAGAUUUACAACCUUCUUUGAUAAUUGUUUUUUAAAGCUUGCCCAAUUGAAUAGUUACUCCUGGUGAAGCACUACUGACUUACAAUACAUGUAGGUAUUUAUACUGUUACACAAUGCAUGUUUCACUGUCAUUACUUUUGUUGUUAUUAAUAAAGGUUAAUAAAUAUA